AGUCAGUUGGGCUGAGGCCCUGAGCCCCAACUGUCAGACAGAGCCAGAGAGUCAGGUGGAGGCCAGGAAUUUGGGGCUGUGGGUGGUUCCUGUGAAGGCCAUGGAAUCUUCCACCGGGCCCAGGAUGCCUUUGCCCAAAUACUGCAGUGUGGCCACAAGCCUUCAGACCCUUGGCUGGGACCGUGCUGUUCCAUGCUGGGACCUCUCCUUCGCCUGCCCCUUUGGCCUCCAAGCGCCCUGGCUCACCAGGCACAACCCCCUCACGAGGUAUGCCUCUCAGCACCCAUGUCUCCUCAUUGCUGAUCCAGCCUGGCAGAGGCCUGGCUGGCUAGGAAGAGUUGGAGAUGCUGCUGACACCAGAGUCCUGGCAAGAAGGGGACCAGAUGGCUUUUAUUACCGGGCUCAGAUAAAGGCUGCUCCAGAGCUGGAGAGACAGGGGGUUCUGCUUGUGGAAUUUGAAGCCCCUUUUGUCACAGGCCCAAAGCUGCCGGUCCAGCAGCAGUGCAUAGUCUUAGAAGAAGAUGUCAUUCAGCAUUCAACAUCUGUAGAAUAUUCACUGCAACCCGGGGACAAGGUGCUGGCGCCCUGGGAGCCAGACCAACAGCGGUAUGGCCCUGGCACUGUUCUCCUGGGCUCGAACACAAGAGGCAACCGCCAGAGAGCAUCAAAGGAAGAAGAAAUCACCAUUCACUUCUGGAAUGGCAAAACAGCUAAAGUGCCUCUAGGUGGGGUCUGGUGGGUGCCCCCCGCCAUCUGGAAGAAGGCUGUGGAGAGGUUGUACAAGCCUUCGGCCAGGGAACACCCCAGGCCCCUCCUCUGGGCUCCUUGCUGCUUUCUGCCGGGCUCGGUCCCUGGAUGCCUCACCAAUGGACUUCCUCUGGGCACUCCAUUCCUGUGCCCUCCCUGCUACCCCUGUACCUGCUGCCAGCUGCUGUGCCAGAGCUACCUCUGUGGCUGCCCCUUGGCUGGCCCCUCCUGGUGGCCUCUAGCCAGUACCUCAGAGGGCACAGUCAGAGAACAUCCAGAAUUGAAGCUGGAGCCCACAGCACAGCUUUUGCCCCUAGAGGGUCCUAGAGAGAAGGAAGUAGCAAAGCAUGCCCCCACGGCUGUUUCCUCUUCCUCCUCUUCAUCUUCUGAAGAUUUGGAGAAGGGUCUGGAGAUGGGCUCUCCCCAGAGACCGAUGGUGAACAGCGCAGUCAACACAGACCCCCUCGUUCUUGAGGAGUCUGCAAGGCAGCGUGGCCUCCACCAGCCUGUGUGGAGGUACUGGAGGACAAAUGGACCUGAGCCGCAACCAGGGAUGCCAGGAACAAGAUGUGGCAACAUCUGGAAAGAGAAGGACAACAAACAGGAGAGAGUACAAACUGUAGCAAUGGGAACUCCCAAGGAGCUGGUCCUGGAAGUAAUCAGCAUGAAGCUGCCACAGACCCUGCCAGAGUCAGCUGAACACAGAAAACAAGUCAGGGCAUUGCAACACAUCAAAGGAACAAGAAUUCCCCUCAGCCUAAAAGCCCUAAGGAUCUAG